AUGCACCAAGUCCAAUCCAACAACGACCUACCUGACUCCCUUCCACCAGCUCGAUCCACUUCACACCGCGACAUGCCCACCAUGCAGGACGAAGACAUUCUCAACGACAUCUCGCACCGACGCUUCAACCAACUACGAGGCUCGUGGGUGCUGGUCUCACCACACCGGACCAAGCGACCGUGGCAGGGCCAGAAAGAGGAGCCCAGCAAGAACGUUCUGCCUCACUACGACCCCUCGUGCUAUCUAUGCCCCGGCAACAAGCGAGCCCAAGGCGAGAUCAAUCCAAAGUACGAGAGCACCUUCGUUUUCGUAAACGAUUACUCGGCAGUGAAGGAGGAGCAGGCAGAAUAUACUCCGCCCAAGGGCAAUGGCACGCUCGCUUCCCGGUUACUACGUGCUGAGGGCACCACUGGCAAGUGCUACGUGAUCACCUUUUCUCCCGAACACAACAUCACACUCGCCGACAUGCCGCCCGCAUCAAUAAUGCCGGUGAUUGAUACCWGGACGAAGAUCUACACCUCACACCUCGACCAACGGUCACCACUGCUCAGAGCAGCAGGAUCACUAGCGAAUAGCAAUGGCGCAAUCGAGCCAAAGCAGCAAUUCCGAUACAUGCAGAUAUUCGAGAACAAGGGUAGCGCUAUGGGCUGCUCGAAUCCCCACCCUCACGGCCAGGUCUGGGCAACAACAUCCCUACCCGAAGAACCGAGUCUGGAGCUCCACAACUUGCAGCAAUAUCGCAAAGACAAUGCUGGCUCACACAUGCUCGUCGAUUACGCCAAGCUAGAAAGUGAGCAAGGCGAGCGAACCGUAUUUGAGAACAGUAGUUUCUGGGCUGGAUGUCCAUGGUGGGCGACUUGGCCAUUCGAAAUCAUGGUCAUUGCMAAAUCUCACAGACGUGCGCUUGUAGAUUUCAGCCAAGAGGAGAAAGAGGAUCUGGCAGAGGUGAUUGCUGAGGUCACACGGAGAUACGACAACCUGUUUGAGACUAGCUUUCCUUACAGCAUGGGUAUCCACCAGGCUCCUCUCACAGGAACGGACGAGGAGAUUGAGUCCUCACACUUCCACAUCCACUUUUMCCCGCCUCUAUUACGGAGCGCCACCGUGCGGAAGUUCUUGGUUGGCUACGAGAUGAUGGCCGAGCCGCAGCGUGAUAUCACGCCAGAGCAAGCCGCAAAGCGACUGCGGGAUUGCGUAGGUGAGCUGUAUCGGAGAAAGCUUUGA